AUGCCCAAGAGGCGACUCUUCCGCUGGCCAGCCCCCCGGACCACCGUACUCACCUUCCUGGCCCUGGUGUUGAGCUCUUUGGUGCUCUUUCUAUAUGGAGGGCCAUCGUUUCCAUUGUCUCGGGAUCAUCGAGAACAGGAAUCGCAGCACGACCAGGUUAUCCGCGAACUCGCCGAGAGAACGGGGUCAUAUAGCAACGCCAGCCAGAUCGGGUUAAUAUUGGCCGCGACGCAGGCGGAGGAUCUCACGUGGCUAUUGGAAUAUCUGAAAGAACGCGGUCCCGACACUAUCCCGUUUAUAUACACCACCGACCCAAAACCUGACCCUCGUCUCCUCGUCCCACGCACAAUUCGAGGCCGCGAAGCCGCCGCGUACCUUUCCUUCAUCGUGGACUUUUACGACCGUCUUCCGCCGUACUCGAUCUUCAUCCACUCCAACAUCAACCAAUGGCACAAUGACCUUUUCGGUCCCUUUACAAGCCCUGCACUGCGCAAUCUACGUCUCGAAGCCGUCGAUGCAAUGGGCUACGUGAAUCUUCGCUGCCAGCACGACCCCGGCUGCCCGACCAGCGUGCACCCGUGGAGUCCCACCCAGAUCGACAUUGACAAGAACGACAUCCGCGCGUUCUUCCCAGAGGUAUACCAGUACAUUUUUAACGUCGGCCCCGAAAAGGUCCCAGAGCACAUUGGGAAUGUUUGCUGUGGGCAGUUUGCCGUGAGCCGCGAGCGCAUCCUGCAACGGCCGAAGAAGGACUACGAGCGGAUGCUGCAGUGGGCGGCGGAGACAGAGCGGACGGAUAGUUUCGGCGUGGGCUGGGUGUAUGAGAAGAUCUGGCAUCUCAUCUUUGGGAUGGAAGAGAUCUACUGCCCCCGCUUCGAACAAUGCCGCUGCGACGUCUAUGGAUGGUGCGGCCCAUUAGCAGGCACCGGCGAAACACUGCAGGCAGUGCGGGCCGCGGCCUCAUAA